AUGGACACGGAUCUCUCACGUCCACGGCGCAACUUCAAUCCCAGAAAGACACGUCGUUAUGGACGCAUAACAUUCGACCCCGACUACUUGGUUCGAUACAGCCCAAAGUGGAAGUAUGCUCGACUGUACAACUUUCCCUUCCCCGGUGCUCAUUGGCAGCCACGUAUGAGAACAAUGGUGGUUUCAGUCGACGGUGGCUCGCGCGGCAACAACCGAUCUGAUCCCAAAUCUCGAGCAGCGUGGGGCGUGUACUUUGGACCUGACUGCCCACGCAAUGCCUGGGGGUUGCUUGCUCGAACUGAUCUGCAGACCAGUUCACGUGCCGAGCUGGAAAGUGUCCGCAAGGCUCUCGACAUCAUUCAGGGCAUGAAGGAGGCUGGUGAGUUGGAUGGCUGGAGAGAGGUCAUUGUGAAGUGUGACUCGGACUAUGUCGCAAGAAGCCUCAGCGAAUGGAUCUGGAGCUGGGAAAGGAACGGCUAUGUCACCAGAAAGGGCACCCCGGUCGAGCACGGUGACAUCAUCCGGGAGAUUCACGCAACCAUCACAAAGAUGGAGGAAGAAAUGGCUAUUCGGUUUUGGCGUGUUGGACGCGAAUGGAACAGGGAGGCGGAUGCUUUGGUGAAUCAUGCUCUCGACGACGCUGCCGACAGUGGGUACGGAGGCUCUUGA